GGGCUGCGGAGCUGAGGCGGGAAGAGCCGUGCGUGGCUGAGGACCCGCUCAUGGCAGAGAGUUUUCAGAGGAAAGCAACCAACCUCCCUGACACAAUACUGAAGUAUGGGUUGAACAACAGAUACUGUGUGUUGGAAGUCAGCAUACUACAGAGAAAUGGAAGUGAUGCUGAGAAGCACUUGACAAUUACGGCAUCUCAGUCGCUGCAAGAUACAGAACUGUGCAUUCUUAGGAACGGCUGGGAGUCUGUUCCAGUUGUUCCAGGAGACAUAAUUCAUUUAGAAGGCAAGUGUAGCUCUGGUACCUGGGUCAUCGAUGAACAGUCUGGAUACCUGGUUCUUUACCCAGAUUUGCUGCUUUCUGGUACUACAAUAUCAAAUAGUAUUCGAUGUAUGAGAAGAGCAGUGCUGAGUGAAAGGUUUAGGGGCUCAGAGUCUGGUUCGCGCCAAACACUCGUUGGUACAAUUCUUCAUGAAAUUUUCCAGCAAUCAGUAACAAAUAACUUGGCACAAGAAAAAGUAGAAGAACUUGCAAAUAAAAUUGUGUAUGGCCAGAAGUAUCUCAAAGAAAUGUAUCAUUUAAAUCUGAGACAAACGGAAAUAAUGAGGGAAGUGGAAGAGUAUUUGCCAUCAUUUUUUAAAUGGGCAGAAGACUUUAUGCACAAUCCAGCUAACCAAAAUAAAAUGCAACUAAAACUGUCCAAUGGUGAAAAAAUAGAAGAUUUCUCUUGUAAGAUAGAGAUUGUAGAUAUCUUGGAUAUUGAAGAGAAUAUAUGGUCUCCCAGGUUUGGAUUGAAGGGAAAGAUUGAUGUUACAGCCAGAGUGAAAAUCCAUCGCCAGCCUGGAGUACAGUCUAGGGUAAUGCCAUUAGAGCUCAAGUCUGGCAAGGAAUCUAAUUCCAUAGAGCACAGAAGUCAGGUUAUUCUGUAUACUUUGUUGAAUUCAGAACGGAGAGUAGAUCCCGAAGCUGGAUUUCUUCUUUAUCUUAAAACUGGUACUAUGUACCCUGUUUCUGGAGCUCGCAUGGACCGAAGAGAAUUAAUGAAGUUAAGAAACCAUGUGGCCUUCUACUUAAUGCACAGUACACAUGAAUCUGCCAUGGGAAGACAAAAUUCACAGCUUGCUGCUUUGCCUCCUGUAGUAGAUGACAGUCAAGCCUGUAAAUAUUGCUCCCAAGUGCACAAUUGCGUUCUAUAUGGCAGAGCUGUAGAACAGAAGAUGGCCAGUGUGUCUUUUCCUUCUGCUAUGGUACCCAUUAUUGAAAGAGAGACCCAGCACCUGAAACCCUCCCACUUAGAGUAUUUCAGCCUGUGGUACCUAAUGUUAACCUUGGAACUACAAAGUGGAGAGGGUAAAAAGGGAUAUAAAAAUAUAUGGAUGAUGCCGUCUUUGGAAAGAGAGAAGACUGGAGAUUGUGUUGGGAACAUGAUCAGAGUUGAAGAAGUACAGGAAAUUUCUGAGGGAAAGUACCUGCAUAUCUUCCAACGUGGAAAUGGUGCCAUCCCUGGAACAAACCUAUUGGUUGGUGAUCGAGUGGUUGUGAGUGGAGAGGAAAAUGGUUUACUUGGUUUGGCUACUGGCUAUGUUAACGAAGUCAGUGUGACAAAGGUCUCCUGUUUAUUGGACAGGAAUUUGUCAAAGCUCCCCAAGAACAUCAUAUUUAGGUUGGAUCAUGAAGAAGGCAAUUUUGGCAUAGGAGUCACUUUUGAAAACCUUUCUAAAUUGAUGAAUGAUUCCCCAGUCAGUGAAAGGCUCCGCAACUUGAUAAUUGACUUCCACAAACCACGUUUUAUUCAGCGUUUGAGCUCUGUCCUUCCUCCAGAAGCAAAGGAAACUGUUGCAAAUAUUUUAAAAGGUCUAAAUAAGCCUCAGAAACAGGCAAUGAAAAAAGUGCUCCUUUCAAAAGACUACACACUUAUUGUGGGUAUGCCUGGAACAGGAAAAACUACUACAAUAUGCGCUCUAGUGAGAAUUCUUUCUGCUUGUGGCUUCAGUGUUCUUCUGACUAGUUUUACACACACGGCUGUGGACAAUAUCCUGCUAAAGCUAGCCAAAUUCAAAGUGGGUUUCCUGCGCUUGGGACGAGCUCAGAAGGUUCAUCCAGAUAUACGGAAAUUUACGGAAGAAGAAAUUUUCAGGUCCAAAUCAAUUAGAUCUGUAGCAGAUCUGGAAAAGGUCUACAACAGUCAGGCAGUGGUAGCAACAUCUUGCAUGGGAGUAAAUCACCCUAUCUUUGUUCAGAGGCAGUUUGAUUUCUGUAUUGUUGAUGAAGCUUCCCAGAUAAGCCAGCUCAUCUGUCUGGGCCCACUGUUCUGCUCCAAGAGGUUUGUGCUGGUAGGGGAUCAUCAGCAGCUGCCUCCACUUGUACUGAAUGCAGAAGCAAAAGAUCUUGGCAUGAGUGAAAGCUUAUUUAAAAGGCUGGAACAAAACCAAAAUGCUGUUGUCCAAUUGACUGUGCAGUACAGAAUGAAUAGCAAAAUUAUGUCACUGAGUAACAUGUUAGUGUAUGAAGGCAGACUGGAAUGUGGCUCAGAGAAGGUGUCAAAUGCCACUGUUAACUUGCCCAACCUAAUAAAAUUGAAACUGGACCUUGCAGAUGCCUCAAAAACAUGGUUGAAAAAUGUGCUUGAUCCAGGCACACCUGUGUGUUUUCUGAACACAGAGAAGGUUCCAGCACCAGAACAUGCAGAAAAAGGUGGUGUAAGUAACAUGACAGAAGCUAAACUAGUACUCUUCCUCACAUCCUUAUUUAUUAAGGCUGGCUGCAACCCUUCAGACAUUGGCAUUAUAUCACCAUACAGACAUCAAUUAAAAACAAUCACUGAUUUGAUGGCAAAACUGAAGGAGAAUAGAGUGGAAGUCAAUACAGUAGACAAAUAUCAAGGAAGAGACAAAAGUAUAAUAAUUGUAUCUUUUGUUAGAAACAGCAAUGAAGAAAAUCUUGGCACCCUCCUGAAGGACUGGCGACGUCUUAAUGUUGCUAUCACAAGAGCCAAGCACAAGCUAAUCAUGGUGGGCUGUGUUCCAUCCUUGUCCUACUAUCCGCCUUUAGAGAAGCUACUCUGCCAUUUGCAGUCUGAGGCAAUGAUAUCCUUUUUCUCUGUGCUGUUUUGUGAAAGGGGAUAGGUAAGAUUGGCUUAUCGAGAUAAGGAUGGGAAGGUCUUUGAUUAGUUAGGUUAUACUUUUAACACUUAUUGGCAACACAGUCCAAAAUGUGAUAAUUAAAUAUGCCAAAAAUAUACUUGAGAUCAAGCUAAUGAAUGGAUUUAGAACCUUCACUGUCUUCAAAAGCAGAAGCAGUUCAUGCUGAUUUGCAAGUCAAAUUGAUAUUUUCUAGUUUUAAGGCCUGAAUUUUUACUGUUUAAUGCUUUUGUGGGUGUUUUUGGUGAUCUAGGCAUCUAAUGUCAGUGUGAUUUGUUUUCUGCCUAAGUACCAUGCAUUUAAACACAUCUGGUGAGAAAACUGUUCACGAGUAAUGCUGCUAGAAUGGAAAACGGUUUAACUUUCAGGUGACUUGCUUAAUUCUUUCUUUCUCUGGCAUUGUACUGAAUUUGCUCUACGUACAGCUGUUUCCAUGGCCUGUUUAAACAGGAAAGACCUUGUUAGCUGCUUUCUUUGCAAACACCAACACAUACUCAAACAGGUUUUGUGGGUUUUUUGUGAAAGUGACGAUAUCAACAUGAUUCCUUAACUUCCUACAUUUUCAAUCUUCCAGCAGGGGCUCAUGAAAGUCUCCACAUGUGUAAUAUUUUAUGAUUGUGAAGUUGAAGAGUUUUACAAGCAUUUGUAUAUUUCUUUCUGGUGCUGCUUAAUUUAAAUGAUUGCUUAGUGGAGUACAAGGGCUGAUGUGCAUUGUUUACUCUGAAUGAAGCAAAACCAGAAACAAGAUUCAGUUAUUUUAAAGGUUUCUUUUUGGAAAAAGAACAACACACGUUUCUAUGUUUAAGAUGGUCGGUUUGGUACCGGUGUACUUCAGACAAAUCAGAAAUAUGAAGUACUCUUCCUUCAGAUACUGGAUAGCUACUUUUAUUUUCACUUUUAUCUUGAUAAACAGAUGCGUAAGGGAAUGAAGAAAUUCUUGAGGAAGAGGGGGAACCAGGGCUGCAUUGUGUCAUAGUUUUCUGGGCUGAGUUUGGUUUUAAAGACUUUAAAAUGUAGUCUACAUACAGUAAUUCCAUUUCUUAGAAUUCCUAAAUAAGAUACUGUGUUGUUCUGCUAUUGGGGGG